AUGGGCUGUAUAGCAAGCGCAUCAAAAAGAAAAAUAAGAGAAGCUCCUAGUUUUACUCUAUCUACCAGAAGAACACUCAGCAGUUCAACUGCAGAAUUAUCGCCGACAGAGAGAUAUGUUAAAAACGUAAGAAGCCUAAGCAUUUUACUAAACACAGCAAAUAAUAACACACCAUGCAAUUGCAUGGACCAAGCUAAAUUAAUUGUAUCCCAUGCAGAAUAUAUCAUGUAAUCUAAAUAAAAUCACAAAUAUUUAUCAAUAAAACAUUUUAUUUCCUGAUUUAUUAUAUCAGAAUAUAUAAUAACCAAUGUAAAUAUUAA